GAGAUAGAGAGCAGAAAAAGAGGAUAGAGAGAGAAGUUAGAGAGAGAAGAAGGGGGCAGAAGAGGACUGAAGAAGCACAUAGAUGAGGUAGAGAGAGAGUUCAUAUCAUUUCUGAAAGUAAUUGUUUUUAAUAGAAAGAUCUUUGGGUUUCGUAUAUGAUCAUCUGUGUAUAUAGCUUGAUUUUACCCGGAAAAGAUUGAAGAAUCAAUCAAGGAUGGACAGAAACAGAGAAGCCAGAAGAGUUAGUAUGCCUCCGGCAUCGGCGAACGGUUUGUCGAGACGAAGACACAGAAGUAACAGCUUGAGAGAUUCACCGGAGGAAGAUGGACCGGUUGAGUUGCACGAACCGGCGAGGUUACGAGACCGAGGAGUGAAGAAGGAUCGAGAUCAUCGGGAUCGGGAUCGGGAUCGAGACAGGGACCGGGACCGGGACCGAGACCGGUCGAGUCGGAGCAAGAGGAGGAGAGGAGAUAGGCUGAUUCACGGGAGUAAUAGAGAAGAUGGUGGCGAGGACAGUUCAGAGGAGAGCGUGAAUGAUGAGGAGGACGAUGAGGAUGACGAUGGAGCAGCCGCCGCCGGCAGUGGUGGAGCGGUGAGGAUGUUGCCGCCUAAUCCGGCGGCGUCGAUGUCGUCUUCAUUGCCGAACCACCACCAUCAGCACCGGAAGAGCUUUCCUCCCUCUGCAACUACAAAAUCGUUCUCACCAGCACCUGGUUGGAAACCAGCCGAUGAAAUGAUAGGCUUUACUGUUCCAAGAAAAGCUCGAACAGCUUCCACAAAGAGGUCUCAUGAAUACUGGGUUCCUGGUAAUGGAGUUGGAGCAGAGCAAAUUCAUCGCCAAGCUUCAAAUUCACCAGUGAGACCGAGUUUGGCUUCAACUUCAACACCUCCGGCGGCUCCAAUCUCGCCGUCUUCUUCCAAUGCUUCGGUUCGGAAGAAGAUGAAACCCAAUGGACCCAAGCCAAGGCCACCAAAAUCAUCGUCAAAAUCGUUGUCUUCAAACCCAGAGGAGCUUGAGAUUGAGAUUGCGGAGGUGUUGUAUGGCUUGAUGACCCAAUCGCAAGGCCCUUCGAAGAAAGAAAUUGUUGGGAACAACAACGAUUCAGCAAAGUUCGAUUCGAGAGAGGUGAACAAAUCGAGCAGCGAUGCGAAAUCGAGAGUUUCGUCUCCGAUCUCAAACUCCACAUCGACUGCGCCUCAGUCAUCAUCGGCUGUGGUGCAGCAGAAUUCUAGCUCCUCUCCAGCUCCUAUCUCAGCUGUUGCACCGAAGAGGAAAAGGCCGAGGCCAGUAUCAGACAGCGUGGUGGGUGGUUUCAGUGCUCGGAACAGUCCCAUUUCUUCAUCAACAACGGCGACAAUGAAGGUCGAGAUGGAUCAGGCACCGAAAACUGAGAUUUCAUCUCCCAAUUUGGAGAAGAACCCAGGAUCUACAGUCGAAAAUGGUCACGAUUUCGCCGGAUCUCAGGCGGUUCCACCGUCAUCGGAACCAUCACCACCGGAAUCGGCUGCCUUGUCGGAGUCAAAGCCUGUGGUUGAAGAAUCCAGAGAAACCCGAGAUGUGGGUCCGGCGAAGGACUCGGCGGCGGCGAUGGUCACCUCUCCGAAAAAGGAAUCGGGUGUUGUCAAACCAGAAGAUGAUCGUGAGGACACGACAGCGACCAAAGCGAAUCAAACAAUCCCAGAGAUUGAAGUCCAACGGGAAGAAAAAUUUCAGAUAGAUCUGAUGGCUCCACCUCCUCAGUCGAGAUCGUCGCCGGAAAGGGAAGCCGAGGUCAAUUUUGUGGUGACGGCGUCGGAGCAUAAACCGGCUGGACCUGAAGUAGCUGACGAGGUAAGACCGAUGAUGAGUAAGGAUAAGGAGGAUGAGAAGGCGGCGAAAGGUGGCGGAGAUGAGGCGGUGAAUGUGGCGGAGCCUGAGCUGAAAAAGGCGAAAGCCAUCGUAGAAGAGGCUGAAUCGGAGAAGCCUUCUCCUGUGUUGAUUAAGGAGAGGAACAUUGAUCUUCAUCUUGAUUUGGAGAAAACUGAAAGAGAUUCCAGUCCCAGCAACAAAUUACACCCGCAUGCUCAUAAACAUCAUCAACAACAACAGCAACAAUUGAAAAUAGAACAGCCACAUACAGAGAAAACAGCUCAACCCAACUCUUUGCCUUUGCCAAUGUCUGUAGCUAGCUGGCCUGGUGGGCUUCCUCCGAUGGGCAGAUAUAUGGCCCCUUUACAAGGAGUUGUAUCCAUGGACGCGAGCCGGAUUCCUUCUACACCAAUUCAGACAAUGUUUUCUCAACCCCGGUCUAAGCGGUGUGCUACGCAUUGCUACAUUGCUCGGAACAUUCACUAUCUCCAGCAAUGCAUGAAGAUGAACCCUUUCUGGUCAGCUGCAGCGGCAGCUGGUUCUGCUGCAUCGUUGUUCGGGGCAAAGCCCUGCAAUCUCAAUGUCAAUGUGGUGCCCUCUGCAGCAGAACUUCAUGGAAACAUUGGGGCCGGGAGGAGUGUCGUCAACUCUGUUGUGCACGAUAAGGGUCAGGGUCAGGGGGGUCUUGCGAUCUUCCCCGGCCAUUCUGGGAAAGACAAAGGUAGUUCUCAAGCAGCCAGCAUUGCCGAUACACAGAGAAAGCAACAACAGAUUUUGCUUCAACAAGCUUUGCCCCCUGGAGCUUCACCAAAUAAUAUACUGCAUGGACCAGCUGCUUUUAUCUUCCCCAUGAACCAGCAGCAGGUGGCAGCUGCUGCAGCUGCUUCCGUUCGACCUGGAUCUGCAAAGUCUCCCGCAGCCGCCAUAGGGAGUGUAGCUUCUUCAACUACUGCAUCCAACUCGGCUUCUGUGAAUGGUUCAGCUCCCCCAGGGGCAGCGACAGUGAGCUUCAAUUACCCAAAUAUGCCUGCAAGUGAAACACAGUAUUUGGCUAUACUGCAAAACAAUGCAUACCCUUUUCCAGUUCCUGCCGUCGGAGCACCACCAACCUACAGAGGAACCCAUGCUCAUGCUCAGGCCAUGCCUUUCUUCAAUGGUUCUUUCUAUUCCUCUCAGAUGAUCCAUCCGUCUCAGCUUCAGCAGCAGCAGCAGCAACAGCAACAUGCUAACACUCAGUCGCAGCAAAUGCAACAGGGCCAUCAAAACACAAGCAUUUCCAGUGGUUCCUCAUCGUCUCAGAAACAUUUGCAAAGCCAGCAACAGAGACCACAAGGCAGUAGUAGCACCAAUGGAGGGAAUGGGAACGGGAACUUGCAUAGCUUUCCUGCCCCCAAAAACCACCGGGCAUCACAGUCGUCAUCACAGCAGCAACAGACAAAUCAGCAUCUUUCAAAUACACAUCAAAGUCGCCAGAUUGAAACUGAGCUGGGUGGCGAAGAUAGCCCGUCAACUGCUGCAUCUGAUGGUCGAGUUUCUCGUGCCACAAUGAGUAUGUAUGGUCAGAAUUUUGCAGUGCCCAUUCACCACCAGAACUUUGCUUUGAUGACCACCCCUCCUCCAGCGGUCGCUGCUGGUGGUGCCAAUGGGGGUGCUGGCCAUGGCCAUCAAGGUGAAAAGAAACAACAGCAGCAACAAUCACAACAACAGGCCUUGAAGGCUGCUGGAAUUGAAUAUCUGCCGCAAACUUUUGCUAUGUCAUUUGCCUCUAUCAAUGAUUCUACUACUAUGGCUUCUGGUAUUGACAUGUCAUCCAUGGCGCAAAAUCAUCAUACGGUCCUCCAAGGUCAUCCAGAGGCCAAUAGGCAUAACUAUCAGAUGAUGGCAGCACAGCAGAAGAAGAAUUUCCGAAUCUCUGUAGAAGGUAAAACUGGAGGUGGAGGUGGAGGUGGUGAUACCUCUAGCAUGGAUGAAGAAAAAAAGGGCAUAGGAGGGAACAAGGUUCCAACAACUGGUGGUGGGCAAUCAAUUAUUUUUUCAAGACCAUUAACAGAAGCAUCAGUCUCCGCUAUCCAAGGCAGCGUUAUUGAUAGCUCAACUCGGACUUUGAACCUUGUGUCUGCUCCUCCUCCCCAGAGCUCCCGUUCUGCCAUGCCAAACGCUAUGGGCAGUACUGUAAAUGCUUCUAAUUCUCAGCUACAGACUCCUCUACAAUAUCAUCAACAACAUUUGUUGCAGAUGCAGAAGCACCAGCACCAGCACCAGCAACAACAACAACAACAGCAGCAGCAACUACAGCAGCAGCAACAGUUAGGGGCGGCUGCAGCAGCACGUAAUAAGACACCUGCCACAAGUAAUGGGAGCAUUUACGGUGACCAUUUGAACUCGUCAUCUCCUUCAGCUGCCAAGUUUACAAAUGCUACGCUCUCUUCUGCUUUCCCACAAAAUCUUGUGCAAAGCAGCAGCAGCAGCAGCAACAACCACCCAUCUCAGUCUCAUCAGUGGAAGAAUUCAUCAAGAGCUACUACUACCUCACAAGUUCCAUCUUCGUUAGCCUCAUCAACCACAUCAUCUUUGAAAAACCUUACCCAACAGCAGCAGCAGGCUAGAACCCAACAAAGUCACACUCAGAUAUCUUUCGGGGCUAGCCAGAAAUCAUCAUCGACAGUUCCACAAGGACAGCAACAAGGUCCGAAUAGCCAUGGCCAUAGCCAUCAGUCCUCUGCAUCUCCUCCAAUGGUGGUUGGGUCUCCCACAACUUCCAUCUCCAAGGGUGGUGGUGCCAGUGGAAGCCCGAGGACAUCGACCUCCACUUCACAACCUGGCAAUAAACCCACCGCCCAACCUUCUUCAUUGUCUUCUCAGCAGCCCAAGAACUCCACAUCAGUGCCAAGCCGGAAAUCAUCUCCGGUUGGUGUCAGAAGUGUUCCAUCAAUACUUGGCAACCCCCAUAUUACCUCUUCAAGCUCUGGAACGAAGUCUCAAAUACAACAACAGUUGCCAAAACAGAUGGUGCAGCAACAACAGCUAUUCUUCUCUGCUCCAUACCUGCAAACUCAAGGCCCUCAUUCAACUGGUGGAGGCUCCAAUGCUGCAGUGACUAGUGGGUAUUAUAUUCCAAGGCGACGCCCUGAACAACAGUCCCAGCACUCGCCUGCAACAUCUUCAACGGGGAUGUUGUCACUUUGUCCUCCUGUUACACUAUCUAGCACAAGCACUUCCGAUGCAAAAGCAGCAGUCGCUGUAGCUGCAAGUAAUAUGAAAGGUCUCCAUGCAGCGCAGUUUGCCGCAUCACAGUCUUCUGGGAACUCACAUCAGCUGUUGCCUCCGGGCUUCUCUUUUGGUCAGGCCGUUCCUACUGCAGUUCAGGUUAAACCAGCCGAGCAGAAACAACCUGCUGGUGAGUAGUUAUCGUUUUGUUUUGAUGUUCUAUGUUACAUUGCAUCCCCAAAAUCCAUUCUUGUUCGUGUGAAUUUGCUCGGAUUUUGUGAACGAACGAAUGAAUACUAGUGUAGAUCUAUACAUCUACACUCUGUCUAUAAUCUGACAGGGUUGGUCUGAUCCGAACUCCAGAGUUCUAAUUAAUUUGAUUGGUUUUUGAGGAUAUGGGGGAGAAGAAGAAGGUAAGGUCAGUGUUUUGUAAUGGCAAGAGAGGAGGAAAGUUUGGUGAAGACAUGGGAGGGGCCAAGAGAAUGGAAUACCAAGCUUUUCUUCUUUUUGUUUUUGGGUAGGGAAUGGAGGUUCCUUUUUAUUUUUAUCUACUUUUCUUUGUUAGUAUUUCUUUCUCUCUUUCUUUUUCUGUUUUUCCUUCUCUUUGGAAGGUUUAAUUUUCUUGAAAGAGCAGUUCAGAACAGUAGCUUUUGACAUAUAUAUGUUGUAGUGGAGGGUGUAUAUGUACAUGUCUGGCACAUAUAAGGGUUGCCCUCUCAAUUUUUUUAUUUAAUCUGUGCCCUCAUGUUAAUUUGGA